AUUAUUCCCAGAACGAUGCUCCUAGACCCUGGAGUGUACCCUUCCCUGGCAAAAGACAGAAUCCCUAGAAGUGCCCUGGAGUCACUCUGCUGCAGGAUUCUGGUGUCCGCGCAUUUAGCGAGAGUGGGCCUGCUGAUAGCCUCUCUUAGCACGCUCGGCUGCUUUGUACGGGCGCCAGGUGUGAACAUGAGCAUGGCAGAAGGGGACACCCUGCUAUCAGUGGAUUAUGAAAUUUUUGGGAAGGUGCAAGGGGUGUUUUUCCGCAAGUACACUCAGGCUGAGGGUAAAAAGCUGGGAUUGGUAGGCUGGGUCCAGAACACUGACCAGGGCACAGUGCAAGGACAAUUACAAGGUCCCAUCUCCAAAGUGCGUCAUAUGCAGGAAUGGCUUGAGACAAGAGGAAGUCCCAAAUCACGCAUCGACAGAGCAAACUUCAAAAAUGAGAAAGUCAUCUUAAAGUUGGAUUACUCAGAUUUCCAAAUUGUGAAAUAAUGGUCUGAAUUUAAAUUUUCCAAGAUAAACUCAAUGGUUUUGUUCUUUAUUGUUAAUUGGGAUAAAACUAUUCUGUGUUUAUUAUUAGGAUUUGUCAAGUUAUUUUAGGAGCAGAUAUUUGAAUGUUACUGUAUAUUAUGUGUGUGAUAGGAGGAUUAUAUUAUACACAAUUCUAUUCAAUAAAAACACUUUAGAACCUUC